GUUUAAUAGCAGGAACAUAAUAAAUAUACAAAAAAAUAAUAAAAUAAUGACAGAUUUAAAUAUAUAUAUUACAGAAACUAAUAAGGAGUUUAAGGGAAAAGUUAAUUUUAAAAAAGAGUUAGAUACUUUAUUGAAAAUACCACAUACACGGGAUCUUAAUAAAGAUUUAUCUAAUGUAUCAUCUAUUUUUAAGGAGAAAAUCAAAUGGGAUUCUUUAUCUCUUAAAAAAAAUGAUUUUUAUUGGAGAAAUGAUCCAUAUUAUUUAAAGUAUGAUACUUAUGAAUCUAAACAAGAAAAAAAUCAAGAGAAAUAUAAGGAAAUAGAAUAUAUAGAUGAAGAUUCUAAAAAAAAUAUUACUAUUCUCAAUGAAAAUGAUCAAAUAAUUAAAAAUGAUGAAUUGGUUCAUAACAAUGUUACUAAGGAACCGAAUUUUCAUUCUAAAACUUUAGAUGAUUCACAUAAAGAUCAAUCAACAAUUUCUAUUCAAAAAAAUAAUGAAAAUUCAUUACUUUUUGAAGAAAAUUGCAACAUUUCAACAGAUGAAUUCACUUCAGAAAAUAAAUCAUUUAGUCAUCCAAUAUCUCCAAUUGCUCGCAGUCCAUUUCCACUAACAAUAGUUGGUAAAAGUGUUAUUUCUGGUCUUUCAUCAAAUGAUACACUUCUUAGAACUUGCUUUCGUGUAGGAGAAGCUCUUAAAGUAUCUAAUCUUCAAAAAAACUCUAUGAUUGUUUAUCUUAUAGAAUUUUUCGGUAUUAUAAAGGAAUUUAAUAAGAAAAAGGGCUUUUUUACAUAUGUUAUUGCAGAUUUGUUUCAUCCUUUAAGAGGACCAUAUAUUUAUGCAUCAUAUCAUGACUAUCAUAUUACAAUUGCUUUUCAAAAUAAUGAUAUAGUAAGAAUUUUAGGAGUAUUCAGAAAAAAUAAAACAAAAAAUGAAAUAAAUGUUAUAAAAAUGUACCCAUGUACAUGGGAAAAGAUACAACAUAUCAAGGAAACGAUAAAAUGAAUAAGUAGUAUAUUAUUUAGAUAUUAUAAAUUCUUAAGUACAUAG